AUGCUGCAGACUAUUUAUGAGACUGAAUCAUGUUUCUCCUCAGAUGGGGUUUCUGGGCGAGAGCAGCCGAUCCAGCUGUUGGCUCAGGACCGAAUGCACAGUAUGCUCAACUCAGUUGAAGUCAGCUCGCCACUUCCAGUGGCGCUACAACCAACCGCUCCAGUAGACUUACGAACUGACCUGCGGAUCACAAUGCCAGCUGUGGACCCGACUGCAAGAGAACACCAGUUGCAGCAAGAACUCCUCCUGUUGCAGCAGCAACAACAGCUUCAGAAACAGCUUCUCUUUGCUGAGUUCCAGAAACAGCAUGAAACCCUCACCAGACAGCACCAAGUCCAGCUUCAGGAACACCUCAAGCAACAACAGGAACUGCUAGCUGUGCAACACCAGCAGGAGCUUCUGGAACAGGAACGUAAACUGGAGAAACAGCGCCAGGAACAAGCGUUCGGACGACAGCUACGGGAACAGCACCUUCUAAUUCUUCGAAAUAAAGAAAGGGGCAGAGAAAGUGCUGUGGCCAGUAGUGAGGUCAAACAGAAACUUCAGGAGUUCCUGUUGAGCAAAUCAGCAAAAGAGUCUGCAUCAAGUGGACAGAACCAUUCCUUCCCCCAACAUCCCAAACACUGGUAUAAGGGGGCCCACCAUGCUUCACUGGACCAGAGUUCACCACCACAGAGUGGAACUUCUCCAUCAUAUAAGCAGUCAUUACCGGGAGUUAAUGACACAAAGGAUGAUUUUCCCCUGCGGAAAACUGCCUCAGAGCCAAAUUUGAAGGUGCGUUCCAAGUUAAAACAGAAAGUGGCAGAGAGGAGGAGUAGUCCGUUAUUGCGCAGAAAAGAUGGCACCAUUAUCAGCACCUUCAAGAAGAGAACGCUUGAGAGAACAGGUUCCUCAGUUUGUAACAGUGCCCCAGGAUCUGGCCCCAGCUCUCCCAAUAAUAGCUCCAGCGGCUUGUCAAUAGAGAAUGGAUUAUCGAAUUCACAUGCUGAGCAGUUGCUGCCACAUCACAGGAUUCUGAAUUGGGAUGGAUCAGUGAAUGCACUAAAUCUCUACACAUCACCAUCAUUACCCAAUAUUACUCUGGGUCUCCCAGCUCCAGCUGUCUCAUCUGCCUCCUCUCACAUUAACGCCUCAACAACAAAUCAAAAUACUGACAGACAUACCAUCCAGGGAUUGAAUCAGGGGACAGUCCUUCCUGGACAGUUCAGAGGAAGUAUUCCCUUAUCUGCUUACUUGCCACCUGCUCCUUUUGAUGGGAAGGUUAACAGCACCCAUCAUGCUCUGCUACAGCACGUACUUCUGAUGGAACAGGCUCGAAAACAGAGUCCCCUCACAACUGGUGUGGCUCCUCUUCAUGCUCAUUCUCCAUUUGCAGCAGCAGGCGAGAGAUUAUCACCAACCCUCAGAGCUUCAAACAAGUUGCCACACCACAGGCCACUUAAUCGAACACACUCUGCGCCACUCCCACAAAGCACACAAGCCCUGGCACAACUGGUUGUUCAACAGCAACAUCAACAGUUCCUGGAAAAACAAAAGCAGUACCAGCAGCAGAUGCAGUUGACCAAGACACUUUCCAAACCCCACGAGCAGCUUCAACAGCCUGAAAGCCACCCUGAGGAGACAGAAGAAGAACUCUGCCAACAGCAGGCUUUACAGGAGGAUGAGGGGCCUCCCUGUCAUAGCAACAAGAGCCACAGCAAUGGUACCUAUGAGAGACCAACAGGAGAACUUCAGCCAAACAUUGUGCAGGUGAAACAGGAGCCCCCAGACAGCGAUGAUGAAAUCCAAUUCAAACAGAGCGAUCCUGCGGAGAAGGCAACAUUUUUCCACCAGCAGCUCCUGGAUCACCAGCGUGUCCACCAACUUCGACUGUACCAAGCUCAGAUGGCUAUGGUUGGCAUGACAGGAUUAGACAAACACAGGCUUGUUUCCAGGACACAGUCGUCCCCUGCUGCUUCCACAUUACCACAUUCUUCUACGGACCAUCCCAUCAGGCACGUCUACACCACUGGAGUAGCCUAUGACACCAUCAUGCUUAAACACCAGUGCAUCUGUGGUAACCAUAGCAAUCACCCUGAGCAUGCUGGGAGGAUACAGAGCAUCUGGUCAAGGUUGCAGGAAACAGGAUUGCUCAGCAUUUGUGAGCAAAUCCGAGGUCGAAAAGCCACUUUGGAGGAAAUACAAAUGGUUCACUCUGAAUAUCAUUCGCUGCUCUUUGGUACCAACCUCCUCAACAGGCAAAGGCUGGACACAAGCAAGCUGUUAGGAUCUGUCACGCAACAUUUCUUCACUGCUCUCCCAUGUGGGGGUCUCGGAGUGGACAGUGACACCAUUUGGAAUGAGAUGCACUCGUCCAGUGCUGCACGCAUGGCCGUUGGCUGUGUCAUUGAGAUGGCUUCCAAAGUGGCCUCUGGAGAGCUAAAGAAUGGAUUUGCUGUUGUCAGGCCCCCUGGCCAUCAUGCCGAAGAGUCCACUGCCAUGGGGUUCUGCUUCUUUAAUUCUGUGGCAAUUACUGCCAAGUACUUGAAGCACAAGCUAAAUAUAGGCAAGAUAUUAAUCGUGGACUGGGAUGUUCACCAUGGUAACGGUACACAGCAAGCCUUUUAUAAUGACCCCAACGUGCUUUAUAUUUCCCUCCACCGUUAUGAUGAAGGAAACUUCUUCCCUGGUAGUGGAGCCCCAGACGAGGUUGGAAGCGGCCCUGGUGAAGGCUUCAAUGUGAAUAUCGCCUGGACAGGUGGUCUUGAUCCCCCCAUGGGAGAUGUGGAAUACCUUACAGCUUUCAGGACUGUGGUCAUGCCAAUCGCCAGUGAGUUCAAUCCAGAUGUGGUUUUGGUAUCAGCUGGUUUUGAUGCAGUCGAAGGUCAUGCCUCUCCAUUGGGUGGAUACAAAGUCAAAGCCAAAUGUUUUCAGUACCUUACUAAGGAGCUAAUGAGAUUGGCAAAAGGACGUGUGAUUUUGGCUCUGGAAGGUGGGCACAAUCUUACUGCCAUCUGUGAAGCAUCAGAAGCCUGCUUUUACGCCCUGCUAGGAAAUGAGCUGGAGCCUCUUCCCCAAGAAGUUCAGCUUCAGAAGCCAAACGCCAAUGCCGUAGCUUCUCUGGAAAAAACAAUUGAAAUUCAAAGAAAAUAUUGGAAAUCUGUACAACAAUAUGCCUCAGAAGUUGACUGGUCUCUCAAAGAUGCCCAAAACCUGGAGAGAAAAGAAACAGAAACAGUGACUGCCAUGGCAUUACUUUCAGUGGAUACCAAACAGAGACACUCACAGAAAGAGAGCAGAACGUCUGAUGAACCAAUGGAAGAAGAGCCAGCUUUGUGAAGUGCCAAGUUCAUCCAGCUAUUUCCUUAACAUGACAUCAUUGUUGGUCCCCUAAGACUCUCCCAGACAUGUCGUGUCUGCUGUUUGGGUAGUAUAAAUCAGCUGGAUCUUUCAGACAGGGCAGCCUGCAAACAGUGACAAUUUCUCUUGAUCUUGGAAUACUUAAAAAGACACAUCUAUAAAGUUAUUUUUUCAAAUAAAGGAAUGUCUUACAGGUCA